UCAGUGGUCACUGUCAAGUGUCAAGUACCAAAUCAAAACAAAACAGUGUGUUUCCAUACUAUCGAUAAAUAAUUAUUGUAAAUAUUAGUUUCUCAAGUUAAAUACAUUUAUCUAGUAAAAAAAUAUAUCAUGAUCGACACUACUGAAGCCGGUGAUAGUAAAAUAACAGAAGAACAGGCCGCUGCAGCAACACUACGAGAAUUAUUUCUGAAAGCAAUCGGGGAACUUAAUGGCAAACCCUGCAGUAUACUGACAUAUGAGAAGACAACACUGAAUGCUGUAUUUGCUGCGUGGCAUCCAGAUGGUUCAGAGAUCAUCGUCCGCAACCUACAGACUCCUGCCUGCUUCACAAUGUCCACAGCCCUACUCCGAACUCCAGAUAUAUUAGCUAUUAAGUUUGAUCAACCUGUUGAAUUACCUUAAUCUCUAACUUUUUUUUUCUCUGUGUUCAUUUGCGAUCUGUCACCGACCAUGAGCAAAUUUGUUAAGCGCGUUGUAGACGACAACCUACAAUGCGCUUAAUCUCUAAAUGUAACUCAUAAAUUAUGAAUUCAAUAUACAUAACUCUAUGUAUGACAUUAUCUUGUACAAUUGAGUUGUAUCUAAGACUAUUGGUUAAUUAAAUUGAUUGCUGACUUCAA